AUGCACGGAAUCUGCUACAAGCCAAGUGCAAGGAUCGACUUUCGUGGCUAUUCGGAUGCAGACUGGGCCGGUGACCUCGCUGAUCGCAAGUCGACGUCUGGUUACGUAUUCAUGCUGUUGGGUGCGCCAUUGAUUUGGGGCAGCAAGAAGCAGCCAAGUGUUUCGUAG